GCUGGAGAUGGCCAAGCUUUUGGUAGCUUGGGAAGCAGCCAAGUUGCAGGCUGAAGCUACUCAGCGCAAUCGGGCGGAAGCUCGACUAGGAACCCAACAGCGGCUGCUGCAGCCUUCGGAGCAUCAGGCCAUGAGAGCGGCUGUGGAAAGAGUCCUCGGGUCUUUGAGGGAUCGUGAGGUUCCUGCCAAACAAGUCAUCGCGGCUAAGCUUGAGAUGCUUGAGUCUAACAUGCCAGUCGUCGAGCUUUUGACUGAGAUUGCCUCCGUUGAAGAUGCUGAGAUUGAGUCUUUCGAGGCUAAGAUUGACCCUGUCACCAACACUUUGAAGAUCAAACAUAGUGUGGCAGCUCCUUCGACUCCAGAGGACUUGCGCUUGAGGCAUCGCCGCAUCGGCCUGGCAUGGGACAUGCUCGCGACCAAGCAUUCCAAUCGGGCCUGGCUGUCGUCUAACAUGACUGAUUGCUUGCGCAGGUUCUCAGAUUUCAUCCUGGGAUCUCAGGUAGCCGGUCUAGUAGCCGGCCAUCGUACGCCUUUUUGGACUUUGGUCCUGGCCUUCGAGCAUGAAUGCCGCAAGGCCGUGUGCAAGUGGCUGCGCGAUGGUAAAGGCAAAGGAAAGAACAAGCAGCAGGAUCCGCCGGCGGCCAUGAAGGGCAAGCUGACCAAGGCGACAGACG